UAGCUGCGUUUCCGGGAACUGAGUUGUGUUUACCUUGGCUUCUGACUAUGUUGGCAACAGGUUUCCUGCAAGGAACAGGCGCGGCUCCACACCAUCGUCCCUCCUCCCCACCCCCUGCCUUUCAAUAGCCAUUUUCCUGAAGCCGGAGGCAUCCCAGAUUAAGGGCAACGUACGGGCCCUUUAAAAUUGACCUACGGAGGCGGACUGAGCUAAAACUGACGUGCAACCGGAAUGUGAGCUGUAUCAGACACGUGGUACAAGGAGGCAUUCAUCUUGGAACCGGGCAACUGGCAUUUCCGCUCUGGGUAGUACAUCUUUAAAAUAAUGUUAGGGAAGUAUCCGUUCUUGGCUGCUUUUCUUUAAUUGCGUUUCCAAUACUCUCUCGGUGAUUCUACUCUCGAACAUAGGAUGAAAUUUAGAAUCACACUUCUUUUUCACCUCCACCCCCCCACACACACCUCUAGUGCCCAUAUUAAAAAUGGCGGCUGCCGCCCUCCGCAGUAAUAGUUGUUCAGCGAACAAAAUCCGGGCGGAAACAGUAGGUAGGCUGGUUCAGUGGGGCAGAACCUAGGUUGCCUUAGAGAGGUUCUUCGAGGUCCCGGGGGCGGCUCAAGUCAGAGUUGUUGGAUUCUGCUCAGAUUGGUGUGGGAAGAGCCUGCCUGUGGGGAGCGGCCACUACAUACUGCUGAGGCCUCAGGACUGCUGCUCAGCUUGCCAGUUACCUGAAGAGGCGGCGGAGCCGGGCCCCUGACCGGUCACCAUGUGGGCCUUCUCGGAAUUGCCCAUGCCGCUGCUGGUCAAUUUGAUCGUCUCGCUGCUGGGAUUUGUGGCCACAGUCAUCCUCAUCCCAGCCUUCCGGGGCCACUUCAUUGCUGCGCGCCUCUGUGGUCAGGACCUCAACAAAACCAGCCGACAACAGAUCCCAGAAUCCCAGGGAGUGAUCAGCGGUGCUGUUUUCCUUAUCAUCCUCUUCUGCUUCAUCCCUUUCCCCUUCCUGAACUGCUUUGUGAAGGAGCAGUGUAAGGCAUUCCCCCACCAUGAAUUUGUGGCCCUGAUAGGUGCCCUCCUUGCCAUCUGCUGCAUGAUCUUCCUGGGCUUUGCGGAUGAUGUACUGAAUCUGCGCUGGCGCCAUAAGCUGCUGCUACCCACAGCUGCCUCACUACCUCUCCUCAUGGUCUAUUUCACCAACUUUGGCAACACGACCAUUGUGGUGCCGAAGCCCUUCCGCCCGAUUCUUGGCCUGCAUCUGGACUUGGGAAUCCUGUACUAUGUCUACAUGGGGCUGCUGGCAGUGUUCUGUACCAAUGCCAUCAAUAUCCUAGCAGGAAUUAAUGGCCUAGAGGCUGGCCAGUCACUAGUCAUUUCUGCUUCCAUCAUUGUCUUCAACCUGGUAGAGUUGGAAGGUGAUUGUCGGGAUGAUCAUGUCUUUUCCCUCUACUUCAUGAUACCCUUUUUUUUCACCACUUUGGGAUUGCUGUACCACAACUGGUACCCAUCACGGGUGUUUGUGGGAGAUACCUUCUGUUACUUUGCUGGCAUGACCUUUGCCGUGGUGGGCAUCUUGGGACACUUCAGCAAGACCAUGCUACUAUUCUUCAUGCCCCAGGUGUUCAACUUCCUCUACUCACUGCCUCAGCUCCUGCAUAUCAUCCCCUGCCCUCGCCACCGCAUACCCAGACUCAAUAUCAAGACAGGCAAACUGGAGAUGAGCUAUUCCAAGUUCAAGACCAAGAGCCUCUCUUUCUUGGGCACCUUUAUUUUAAAGGUGGCAGAGAGCCUCCGGCUGGUGACAAUACACCAAAGUGAUACUGAGGAUGGUGAAUUCACUGAAUGUAACAACAUGACCCUCAUCAACUUGCUACUUAAAAUCUUUGGGCCCAUACAUGAGAGGAACCUCACAUUGCUCCUGCUGCUGCUGCAGAUCCUGGGCAGUGCCUUCACCUUCUCCAUUCGAUAUCAGCUCGUUCGACUCUUCUAUGAUGUCUGAGUCCCUUGAUCAUUGUCCUUUACCUCACAGUCUCUAGGAUUCCUGACUCAGGCUGACCUCUCUCUGGUCCCAGACUGCCUCCUUGCCCAGGCCUCUCUCACUCUUCAUACUCUUCCAGAUUUUGUUCUCAGCAUUUUCUUUUCCCUGUGAUCGCUGGCAUCCUGGGCGUUUCUUGCCCCCUACUGUCUACUGAUUGGAUUUUACUUAUGACUUUCUGCAACUUGCUACUCUCCCUCUCCAUCCUGUCUUUGCAGCCUCACAGGGUGGGAUACAGCAGUUUUUUUUGCAGUUAUCCACAGUCACAUUUCAGAGUCCUGACUCUCAAGGAACUACUGGUUUUUGGGAUAGAACUUGGGCCAGGGCUAGGGACACAGGCUCCACAGUGACCUGUUAUUUGAUUGUAAAUUAAGUGUUCUGAUUAGUAAGAAGUAAGCAGGGGGCCACAUGCUCUCAAUGGAGACAAUAAAGUGUUGUCUAUUUCUUAUUGUU